AUGACGGUUGUAGAUGUUACUCCGACUCCAACGAGGAGCAGCUCUUCUUCCGACGAUGUUGCAGCACCGUUAUUGCCGACAAGUCAAGGAGACAAAGAUGCUUACGAUGAAUUCAACGGAGCUUCGUUCAGCGGCGCGGUUUUCAAUCUCGCCACGACUAUAAUCGGAGCUGGGAUCAUGGCUUUGCCCGCAACGAUGAAGAUUCUUGGACUUGUGCUCGGAAUCACGAUGAUCGUUGUCAUGGCUUUUUUGACUGACGCGUCGAUUGAGUUCUUGCUUAGGUUCAUCUACUGUUUCAUGGCGAUUGGGAUUUUGGUUUGCAUUGUCACUUUCAUCGGUUUCAUAGCAGCUGAAGCUAUCAGUGGCUGCUGCUUGUGUUUCUAUUCCAUUCUCAAAACUCUUGUAAUCAUACUUGAAGCAGCUCUCGUGGGAUACAUAGCUAUUGACCGUCAUUGGGAAAAAGAUCUUCCGUAUGAUCCAACUGGAGAACUCACUAACCUUCGAGCUUUCAUCGAAGCAAACAUCGAUAUCUGCAAAUGGGUCGGCAUUGUUGUGGUUGCGGUUCAGCUACUGUCAUUGCUACUGGCGUUGGUUCUGAGAGCUAUGGUUUCGCCACGUCAGUCAGAGCUUGACGAGGAAGAUGAUUUCGAGAGCAGAGCUCGGGAGAAUCUUCUUGGUCCGCAGGCAAACCAGACAUCUUCUGCAUCAAGCAAUAUUGACAACUGGAGGUCCCGAAUCAGAGAGAAGUAUGGAUUGGUCAACGGACAGAGCCAGAAUCCAUCAGUUUGA